UCAUGAAAUCAUCAAGUAAAACAAUAUGGCGUGCUACGAAGAUUGUCAACUCCUAAAAUAUUUGUGAUCGGUUUUCGUGAAAAGAAGUUGUGUGUUUGUUAUUUCUGAGAACUGUAAAUCAAUAUGAUUAUGGACUUAUAAAAGAAGUAGAGAGAGGCGAAUAUGUAGUUUUAGGUUACUUUAUGUUCCAUUUUUGAUAAUGAACAAUGACGGUUAUAUGUAUUUUCUAAAGUGUUUUUGUGUUUUUCGUUAAUUUAUUUUUUCAAAUGAUGAAUGCAGUUAGUGUGCCAGAUCACAUAUAUGAUUUCAAUAACGAAGAAAAUCUGGCGAAAUGGAAAGGAGUAUUGACUACUGCGCUAAAAAAGGUUUUGGAGACUGUUCAUCCAUCCCUGGAGGCACAAGAAGAUGCCUUGGAAUAUGUCGAAAAUUUAUGUCUACGGUUAUUGGCAAUGCUAUGUGCUAAACCUAGCCCACACACAGUACAGGAUGUGGAAUAUAGAGUUCAAAGCACUUUUCCAACACCUAUAGACAAAUGGGCAUUAAAAGAAGCUCAAGAAGCUGUAGAUCGGGGUAAAAAAAAAUCUGCUUUGUUGUUGCCUGUUGACAAGAUACAUAGUUUAUUGCAGAAGGAGUUGUUGCUCUACAAGGUCGACCUGACAGUAUCCUUAUUUUUGGUGGCUGUUUUGGAGUAUAUUUCAGCUGAUAUCUUGAAGUUGGCUGGAAAUUAUGUAAAGCACAUCAAACAAGUUGAAAUUACGUAUCAGGAUGUCCAGAUUUCUAUGAAUGCUGACAAAGCUCUAAUGGACAUGUUCUACCAAGAUGAAGGAAAUGGAGCAGGAAUAACUCCAGAACCUCAAGUAUUGGUAUCAUCUGCACCUAGGUCUAGCCUUACAUAUGAAGAGGUUGUUAGGGAACUCAUAGCUUCAGAAAAGGCUUAUAUGAGGGAGCUCCAUAUGCUCAUCAAAGUUUUCAGGGAGGAACUAAUAAAACUAGGAUCUGAUCAGAGAGAAAUAGAUUGCAUAUUUUCCAACAUAAUGGAUUUGUACGAAUUGACCUAUACCCUUUCCGGAAGCUUAGAAGAUGUAAUAGAGAUGGCCCAAGAUCAAAUGCCAUAUAUCGGAAGUUGUUUUGAAGAACUUGCAGAAGCUGAGGAGUUUCAGGUCUAUUCUAAGUAUGCCAAAGAUGUUACGUCGGCUAGGUGCAGAGAAACAUUGAAUAAUCUCCUGUCUAGGCCAGAGAUUGAGAGUUCCCUAAUAACUGCAGGACAGGGUAUGAGAUUAGCCCUUAAGUAUUAUCUUCCUGCACUACUGAUGGGCCCCAUAAGACACUGUUUCUCUUACAUGGAGUAUAUUAGGAUUCUAAAAGAGUUAUCAUCUGCUGAGGACAAGGAGUCACUUGAGCAGGUUGAGGUUAUGUUGAAACCAUUACAAAUGGAACUCGGUCGUUGCGUUCCACCUUCGGCUAUCCCUCGAACAUCCACUCCCCUCCUUCAGAUGAGGGCUCGUCGACAGGCUGCCCUAGAGAAGAUCCAGGAAUUGGAGAGAAUUGUUGAAAAUUGGGAUUCCAGGGAUAUUGGACAGUGCUGCAAUGAGUUCGUUAGAGAAGAUGUUUUGUUAAAAGUCAACCCAGGCAAAAGACUCACUGAUAGAAGAGUCUUUCUCUUCGAUGGUCUAAUGGUUCUUUGUAAACCGAAUAUGAGACGACAAAGUUCUAUUCACCAUCUGAACCAUCCCGAGUGCCGUCUUAAAGAGAGGUUCUUUAUUAGGAAGGUGGAGAUUAUCGAUCAACAGGACACAGAGGAAUUAAAGAACUCAUUUGAAAUAUGCCCCAGGCAGCAACAGACUCCUGUAAUGUUAUGCGCCAAGAGUGCUGAAGAAAAGAAUUCUUGGAUGGCUGAUCUGGUUAUGCUGAACAAUAGAUCCAUGUUGGAGAGAAUUCUGGAUAGUAUUUUGUCUGAUAUUGAAAGAAAACAUCCCCUGAAACUGCCUCCACCAAAGCUUUACAAAUUCGCUGAACCAGAUUCAAGGGAUAAUAUUAUUUUGGAGCAGAGAGAGAAUGGGGGCGUACCUCUCAUUAAGGGCGCCACCUUGUAUAAACUGGUAGAAAGACUGACCUAUCAUAUUUAUGCGGAUCCCAAGUUUGUUAGAACUUUUCUAACUACAUAUAGGAGCUUUUGUUCCCCCAAUGAACUACUUGAUCUCCUUAUUGAGAGGUUCCACAUACCAGAUCCCUCUCUGGUCUACGAACAUGACUGCUGCGACUCUGAGAAGGUACAAAAGAGCAAUCAGAGGGAAGAUUGGAAGAAGUAUCGGAAGGAGUACUGCCAGCCAGUUCAAUUCAGAGUGCUGAACGUGCUGAGGCAUUGGGUGGACCAUCAUUUUUAUGAUUUUGAAAGAGAACCAGAUCUUUUGUCGAAAUUAGAGAGGUUUCUUGAUAAGGUCAAUGGGAAGAGCAUGCGUAAGUGGGUCGAUAGUGUUUUGAAGAUAGUACAAAGAAAGAUGGAGAACGACACUCAACGUCAUAUAAAAUUCGCUUUUGCGGAAAAUCCACCUCCUAUCGAAUGGCACAUAUCCUGUGUGGAAGAGGAUUAUGGUAUUUUGACUCUUCAUCCGGUGGAAAUUGCUAGACAACUGACCAUACUAGAAUUCGAUCUUUAUCGUAACAUCAAACCAUCUGAGUUAGUUGGUUCGGUUUGGACAAAGAAGGAUAAAGAGAAGACAAGCCCAAACUUGUUGAAGAUGAUCAAACAUACUACAAAUUUCACAAUAUGGCUUGAGAAGAACAUAGUAGAAGCUGAAAACUUUGAAGAGCGUGUGGCCAUAUACAACAGAAUCAUUGAAAUCAUGAUAGCGUUGAAUGAAAUCAACAAUUUCAAUGGUGUUCUAGCGAUAGUUUCUGCUACGGCGUCUGCUUCCAUACAUAGGUUGAAAAUGACCUACCAGGCCCUUAGUCAGCAAAAGCAGAAGGCUCUAGAAGAAUGCAGGUCAGAUGAUCACUUCAAGAAAUAUCAAGAGAAACUUCGAAGUAUCAACCCCCCAUGUGUACCUUUCCUUGGCAUGUAUCUGACCAACAUUCUACACAUAGAGGAGGGAAAUCCUGACUUCCUGCCGAACACUCAAUUAGUCAAUUUCUUCAAGAGGAGAAAAGUUGCAGAAAUAACAGGAGAAAUACAACAGUAUCAGAACCAGCCAUACAUCUACACAGUAGAGCCUAAAAUCAGGCAUUUCCUGGAGAAUCUAUGUCCCUUUGGUGAUAUGUCUGAGAAUGAGGUUAACAACUAUCUCUACAACAAGUCAAUAGAGAUCGAACCUCGAGGCUGCAAGCAGAUACCCAAGUUCCCCAGGAAAUGGCCGCAUUUGAACCUCAAAAGUCCAGGCAUAAAGUCAAAGACAUCUUCAGUAAGACAACUGAUAAACAGCACUAGUACGUUGGGAUCUUCUACUCUCAGUUCUGCUAGUAUAUCCAGCGUGAGUACCAUCAGUAGAGAGGUCAAGAGCAACAAUAACGACGAGUCCAAGAGUGAGGAUUCUUCUAGGUCGGACAAUGACUUCAGUGUAUUUGCUUCGGUUCAACUGGGUAGUACCGGCCAAAAUAGUCCCACUUCAUCUCCAGUUUCCCCAGCAGGACCUUCCUCUUGGAGAACUACAUUACAUAUGAGGAGUCCCAGUACCAGUUCUACAAGUACAAUAGCGUCUAUACGAUGUGGUUCAGUAUCUAGAAGUGAAGGAAUUUCUGGUGUAAUAAACGCUAUACCAGUGGCGCCUAGAAAUUCAACAUCAAUGGCUCCAAAUAGCCCAGGUCCUAGAAGUCCAGUCUCCCCAACUUUCGAGUCUAUAAGCCCCAGACUACCUUGUACUCCUCCUCCAAUACCGCCAAGAAGGAGAAGAGACAGUCCUGAGAUCAGUUCGCCUCAGCAGAUGAAACAAGCUCCAGACGCCCCUAUCCUGCCUCCGAGGGAGUCAUCACCUCCUCCACUGCCCCCAAGAAGAGAGAUGGGUCUUUCCCCGUCCGCUUUCAGUCAUUCUCACCAGACUUCCCUGCCGAGCUCGCUAGGUAUGGGGACUAUGCCUCGAUUACAUCCUACACACACGUCCCAACUCCACAUCAGGAGACAUUCUUCACAGCCCCAGCAACCUUCAAGGCCGAUUUUGAUGAACGGAGGAGCACUAUCCUCGUCGAUGCCUCCUUCCAGCAUAUCACCUAGGUUCGGCAGCGACUCAUCGUCGGGACAGAUGACGCCCAAGUUGCCACCCAAACCUGCGGUCCGGUCAGCCGAGUACACUACCGGGAGCACCAGGUUCCAGUACCCGAGCACAACGACGACUUGACGAAGAGUUGAUAAACCCAGUCGCUGCCGCAGGAAAAAAUGUUGAGGAAUUGCUAGAUGCAAAAAGUGCUCUGACGGACGGCGGAAGAUCUGGGCUCUCCGAACAGCCGUCCACACUGAAUUUCGAAUCUUUUUUCAUGGCUGCGGUUCGACGUACGGAUCUUUGACGUUUCCGCUUUGGAACAGAGAUUGUUAUAGGUUGAAGUUGUCGACUUUCGCCAAGGUAUAUCGAUGUUGGUUGCAUAGGCGGUUUUCUGGUCUCUAGAAAUGGCUCUCGCUGUUUCUUUGACGCUUUAGGUUAGGUCGCCUCCAAGAUAUUACCUAAGAAAUAAAUUAUCGGCUUUCAUUAAAAAAUUGUACAUUGUGGCUUACCAUUUAGUGUAUUCAGAACGCCCAGCAUGAACUAAACCUUCUUAAACUGAAUUUUAGGAUUCUUCAGAUACGGUACACUAGAAUUAAUCUCAAAAUGGUGUGGGAUGAUAAGAAUAUUAUAGCUCAUUGAUUCGUUACGAAAAUUAGUCUGGUAUUAUCAAAAACAUUCCAUAACCAAAACGAUGAUACAAUAAGUCAGAGUUAACUUAACCUAAAUUUUCUUUGUGGAAACGUCAGUGAUCAACUCUGAGAUUUAACUACACCUUAUGCAUCUAAUGCAUGCAACAAAAACAUUAAUUACUGAAAUACCAAGUGCCACAUGAAUAAUCAAAAAAAAAAAACAUUUUCUUCGCUUUUCUUUAAUUUGAAUAUAGUUAUCCUGAAAGUAGAGAAAAUAAAAAUGUGACUAUUGUGCAAUCUUUCCUUGAGGUAUUAUACUGGUACAAAAAUUUCAAUGUUUUACCUCUAUACAGGUCGAAAGGUGUACCUCAAAGUGGUUUACCGAAGGUUUUUAGGCUUAUAUCGUCCUGUAUGUUGCGUGGAGUUAUGUCGAUAUUAAUUGUGAUUAUUUGAUGUAUUUAAGAUAUAUAUAUAUACACACAUAUAUAUUGAAUGGUGAAUAUUUUAAUAAAAAAAUGCAUUCUCUAAAUUGUAAAUUGUGUAAAAAUAUGUAAAAUACUGUAAAUGUUUAUUAUAGUGGCCCAGCAUAAAAAUACAUACAGUAUAAUACGAGAUUUUAUAUGUUGAAAUUUUUUUUAUUGAAAAUAUGACAAGGUAUAAAGUUAUGUCCUUGUUUCAACCCAAAAAAGAAUUGUUGAAAAAAAAUUAUAUAAUAUAAUGAUUAUAUAAUAUAAUAUUAUAAUAAUGUAAUAUAAUAUAAUAAUUAUAUAAUAUAAUUGAAAUAAUAUUAUAUAUAUUGAUAUAUAAAAUAUAUUUAAUGAAAAUAGCAUUAUAUUUUAGUGUUUCUUCCUUCUGGGAAACUUUCUUUAUUAAGGAUUGACCUUUUUUAUGUUGUAAAAUGAACCUCUGUUUCUUUUAGAAUUUGUGUUUUCAGUAUUUUUUAAAAUCAGAAAAGACUACGCGUAUUUCUUCGUGUAGAUUAAAUUUUUCGAUUCUUUUAAACUGUGAUAGUAGAUGGACCAUAAUUUGUAAAGAUUGAACAUGUUCAAGAUAAGUACAAUAAAUGUAUCGAUGUACA